AGCACAUACUCAAUAGUUGGCAUGGAAUCGAAGUUCAACCAAUGAGUUCAGAUUGUUCUGUUAAUUUGUUCUUUUGAUCAAAUAGCCAUUGCCCAAGAGAAAUGUAAUAAUAAUUUUCUUUACCUGUGUAUCUGCAUAAUGGUGUUGCUAAAAAUCAAAGUAUUACCCUGGUUUAUACAAGGAUUCAAUGGGUAAAUAUCUAAACAUUACACCUGCUAGUGUUUAUCCUGUUACAUAAGUACCUUAAAAUAAAGGUACUAAAUAGUCCGUUACAUAAGAAAAUAGAAAAUACUACCUCUUUUCUGUCUUAUAAAAACCCGCGCAAUUUUUGUUUGUGUCAAUACGAUUCGGGCAGUCGUUUCACUCGGUGUUGUUAUGCGUGCUCUGUACAGUUAUAAAUUUUGUGCAAUACUGUUAUAAUACAAGUGCAGAAUAAUACAAGUGUAUAUUUUAAAUAUUCAACGUGCCGUGAAUUUCACUCAAUCACGACAAUGUCGGCCAAAGACAAGCGCAAGUCAGGAUCCACGUAUAGAUCCAUAGAAGCCAAUAAUAAAAAGCUUGAUGCUGAAUUGUUUGGAGAGAGUAGUGAAGCUGGGCCAAGUAAUAUUCAGACAGCUACGUCAAAUGUAGAGUUCAGUGAACACCCGCAUUGUGAGAACCAUCCUUGUCCAUUUGAUGAAUACAUCAUGCAAGAAGAAUACGUGAGUGAUUGGGUUACUAUCGAUGCAUUCGACGAUAUGGAAGUAUAUGAAGAGGUCAACGAAGAUUACGAUGAAGCUGAGGAAACUAUACACAGUACACAAGAGUCUCAACACGAGGAGGAACCAUUUGAUGAGCUUAUUUGAAAUAGGGCAUUAAAAACAUACCAAACACAUCAAGCGCUAAAUGGACUAUUAGAAAUUUUACGUAAAAAAACGGACUACCAACUGCCGAAAGAUGCUCGCACGUUGCUUAAGACAAGGCAAUGUGGAAAAGAAACGUACCCUAUAGCAGGGGGAGAAUUUUGGUUCCCUGGGGUACGAUCGGUUCUCAAGGAUCACUUUCGCGAUGUACCACCAAGAGUCAGCAAAUUUUCGUUGAACUUUUCGAUUGAUGGACUUCCACUGCACAAGAGCACUCGAAAACAGUUUUGGCCCAUAUUAAUGAGCAUUCAAGAAAUGCCGGAAGUUCCAGUAUUGAUGGUUGGCAACUUUUUUGGUGAAUCGAAACCAAAGAGUGUUGAGGAAUAUCUGCGUCCGCUAGUCGACGAGCUAAAUGGGUUGAUGGAUAAUGGCAUUGUAAUAGCCAAUAAGCCAAUCGAAAUACACGUUAGAGCUUUCAUCGCGGACUCACCAGCGCGAGCAUUCAUAAAAGGUUCAGUUUACUUCAACCACACACAUGGUUGCCAAAAAUGUACGGUGCAAGGAAAAUAUCACAGCGCACACCGAGUUACAUGUUUCCCGGGAAUGGAUCAUUCAGCAAGAACGCAUGAAGAUUUCGUCCAAUCAAAUUACGGAGCACAUCAUCGGGAAAAAACGCCUCUCAUGGAUCUUAAGCACUUUGACAUCAUAAAGCAGAUUAUUAUAGCAGAUCGUUUGCACCUCUUUGACUACGGCGUAACAAGAACAAUGCUGAAAGGAUGGAAAUCAGGCAAAUUAGGAGGGGGUGCCAAGUGGUCUGAAGACACAAUAAGCAAGAUUGAUGCUUUGCUGAAGGAGGUGGAACUUCCUUUAGAGUUUCAUCGCAAACUCCGUUCUGUUGAAGACAUUGGAUUGUGGAAUGCUAGUGAGUUCCAAAUGUUUCUACAUUACGCGAGUUUUAUCGUUUUGAAGGAUGUAUUAACAGAUGUACAGUAUGACCAUUUUAUGAAAUAUUACUGUGCGGUAACAUUGUUAUCAUCCGAAGUGUAUAAGAAUGAUUGGCUUGAGGCGAAAUGCUUGCUAAAAGAGUUCGUUUUAGACUAUGGUGUUAUCUACGGGGAACAUUGCAUCACCAGCAAUAUACAUAGUUUGUUGCAUGUGUAUGAUGAUGUAGACAAAUUCGGCCCGCUUUACACCAUUUCAUCUUAUCCCUUUGAAAGUAAGCUCCAGCAUGUUAAGAACUGUCUUCGAAACGGUCAUAAGGUUUUGGUGCAGGCUGCAAAUAGGAUAUCGGAGCAAAAACCAAGUACUGCGUCAUCAAAUAGAACAAAUCUCUCUUUUCCAUUUUUGAAAACCAAAACUAAUGGAGUAGCAUUGCACAUAAAUCCACAAUUAACUCUUUCUCCUGGUUUUCAGUCCAAUUGGUUUUUGACUCAUGAUAACUACAUAGUUAAAUAUUGUAGCGCAGAACAAAAAGAUUCAACUAUAAUAAUUAAUGGAAGAGCAUUCAAUUAUAUAACGGAAACCCGCUCGUACUAUAUUUCACCUUUUAUGAAGGAUAUAUAUGAAGAAGAUUCAUGUAACCUUCGUACCGAUGAAAUGGUAUUUUUACCCAGGGAUAUAAAGUGUAAAUUAGUAGCUAUUAAAAUAGGUAAUAGCAGUUUAGUGUUUGUUCCAUUUCUUAGAACAUUAACUAAUUAGAGGUAAAAUGUAAUUUAAACUAUUUUUUAGAAAUAAAAUCGAGCAUAUG